AUGACGGUUGUCUUUAACAUCAAGGUCAGCACUUUAAGGGAAUUUGGAGCGACGACUAUUCAAUGGUUACAUUUAAUAAGAAAGCUUGAAAGAAAGAUGAGGAAAGAAGGAAAAAAAGAUUCUAUAACUGUAAGCAUUAACCAUAAUCAUGCUCAUAACAACCAACGACUUGAAAGAUAG